CGACUACCGCGCCAUGCAGGUUGUCUCUUGAAGCACACAUGCGUCCUGUGGGUGUGGCAAUGUGGAGCUGAUGUUGCCGCUGCCGCUGCCGCCGUUCCCUUCCAGAAUGUGUCGCGCCUGACAAAAUGAGCGUGACUUCGUGGUUCCUGGUGAGCAGCUCCGGCACACGUCACCGCCUCCCCAAGGAGAUGAUUUUCGUGGGCCGGGAGGACUGCGAGCUCAUGCUGCAGUCUCGCAGCGUGGACAAGCAGCACGCCGUUAUCAACUACAACAGCACUACGGACCAACACCUGGUCAAGGACUUGGGCAGCUUGAACGGGACCUUCGUCAACGACCUGAGGAUUCCCGACCAGACAUACAUGACCUUGAAAGUGUCCGACAUCCUACGCUUUGGAUAUGAUUCUCACGUCUACGUUCUGGAGAAAAGUCAACACAGAGUCCCUGAAGAGGCUCUGAAGCAUGAGAAGUACACCAGCCAACUGCAGAUCAGCCUGAAGGCGUCUCAGGGCAAGAAGGCGGAGUUAGAGAAGAACCCCAGUAACAAGAAUUUAACACAAGAGGUUCCGGCUCCACAGCCCACGCCGCUGUACGGGCAGCCGUCUUGGUGGGGAGAGGAGGAUUGCGGGAGUCGGGCGGAUGGCAGAUAUGAACCUCAGAAGGAAGACCCUCACAGGGACCACCCUCGUCCAGAAGCGGCAAGAGAAGUUCUGCCCGUGGAUUUGGAUUUCCCCGGGUGCCUUUCCAGUCCUCAAAAGAAGAGCGUAUUCCCGCCGUACCAGCGCGAGUCCAGCUACUUUGAAAUUCCCACCAAGGACUUGCAGCUCGCCAAGGCCGUCGAGGCGGAGCUACAAGAGAUCCCCACCAAGGACACGCCCCCCGCCGAGACCCCUCCCGCCGUCCAGAGCCACGCCUCCUUCACCAUCGAGUUUGACGAUUGCACGCCGGGCAAGAUCAAAAUCAAAGACCACGUGACCAAGUUCUCCUCCCGCCACAAAAAGACUCCACCCCCUGCCAAGGCGGCGGACGUGAUGUCAUCGCAAAGCAAAGUGGCCGAUUGGCUGGUUCACAGCGACGUCAGCAUGAUGAGGAAGCGACCCACCUGCGAUGACGUUUACAGCACCAAGAGCGACCUCGCCAUUAACAUCAAGUCGCUGAAAGGUCAUCACCAUGACGACGGAACUCAGAGCGACUCUGAGGACCCGGGGACCAAAGGACGGAGGAGUAAAUCCCAGCACUGCGAAACCUGGGUUCACCCCGACGCCACCGCCCCGGCUACCCCCGUCGCACCGGAGAGCCCCCCUCGGCCCAGAUCCCCCGUCACGGACCCAUCCAAGCAGGGCGCCCCCGAGCGCCUGAUCCAGCAGGCCUUUGUCAUCGAGUUCUUUGACGACAACCCUCGCAAGAAGCGUUCGCAGUCCUUCACUCACAACCCCGCCCACGCUGACUCCUACUCCGCCCUCAAGACCAAACUGGAGCGGCGCAAAGGCGGCGAGCGUCCAGCCUCCGUUCACGGCAACGUGGUCCCGACCCAGCAGGUCACGGUGCCGCUCAGAGGUCCCGGUGGCCACGCGCUACCGCAGAGAUCCAGCUCGCUCAAGCGGGAACAAGCAGACGCGGAAACCUCUCGCUCCACUUCGGCCAUCUUUGUUCGUCCUUUCGGCAGCGUGGGAAAGAAGUCCAAACUGGCUCAAGACUUUGCUCAGGAGUUUGCCGCGGAGUUCCUGAAGGAUUCUCGUCCGGACUCGAUCCCAACCAAAGAGCAAAUCCCGCCUCCGCCCAUGUCAGCGCCACCGGUGAUGGUGGCGCCUCCUCCGUCGCUGGAACCUUCAGCCUCGUCCAUGACGGCUCCGCCUCCUUCCCAUCCUCCGCCGCUGCCGCCGCCCCUGAGUUUUCCCGGAGGAGACCCCAAAGGAUGCCAAAGGCUGCUGAGGAACGAGGAGGAAGACAGCGUGAGCGAGGCCGGCACCUACACCAUCGACACCGACGCUCACGACCAGGAAGUGGAAGACGCUCGCAACAUGAUCGACCAGGUAUUCGGGGUCCUGGACUCUCCGGAGUACGCUGGGCUGAGCCCGGGAACGCCGAGGCCCGUCAUAGACGAAUGCCAGGAUGAGCAUGCUAACGUCGCUAGCUGUUGCAUGAUGUUGCAUGACUUUGGUCUGGUUGCUCGCAGUUCCUCCGCAGCAGGCUCCUUACAGACUCCAGAAGGACCAAAGUGGGUUUCCCGUUGGGCCAGCCUAGCAGACAGCUGCGCCGCGCCUGGUUCCACACCACCUCAAGAAGACUCGCAGGUGACACUCCAGCUUAGCGAAGGUCGCGGCCACGAGCACUCCGAGUCGGAGUCCAGCCACAGCUCCAGGACCAGAAGGCUUCUGCCUCAGGUUCCCCCGGAAAAAGCGGACGGUGCCCUACCCAGUCUCCUCGUACGUCACGAAGACCAAGACGGCGCCGACAGAGCUCCUCGUUCUCCUCGACAGCAACAGGACUCCACUCAGUGGCUGUCAGUUGGGGAGGGAGUGGACCAAGACAGUCUGAGUGAUGUCAGCCAGUUGGAGGACGGACCUAUUUCCAAACAAGGAAAGGGCCAUCAAGCUCCUUUGAAAUCUUCCGCUCCUUGCAGGGGUUCCCAGAAAUCCUCCACCAAAUCCACCAUCUUCUACAUCGGCUCGGAAGAAAAUUCGAGCAAGCCUGAAGCAGCUCGAUUCUCAGCCCAGUUUCAGAAGAGCCCAGACACCAAAACUCCCCCGACCACCGUCUUGAUCCGACACCUGGGCAGCCACGAGCCGCGGCGGGGAACCAUCAAACCAAACAGCUCGGCACCAAACCUCCAAACGCAGAACAAAGAUUGCGUCCCGACAAAAGACAACUCGUCCCUCGUUCGGCAAGAAAGUUUCACCAAAGCCGGGCCCAGUGAAAAUGUCCAAGUCAAGAAGCUUCCUCACAUCGCCAGUCACCCGUCCAUCAGAGACUUGGAGGAGAGGACGGAGAAGCUUCUGGACGGGGAGUCCUUCCUCCUGGACGCCGCCAAGUUCCCGUCAUCCGGUUCAGGACAGAGCUCCAAGAAAGGCGGCUCGUCCAGCCACGUGGACGAUUCCUUUUCCGGAGAGUCCGACGUGGACACGGCGAGCACCGUGAGCCAGGUGAGCAGCAAGAACUUAUCGGUCACUUCCGCUUCUAAAAAACGUCCCAACGCGAGUCUCCAAAAGGACAAGACGUCCUCCGUUCAGCAGAAGGGACGCCAGCUCUCGGCUCGCGAGCGACUUUCCGAGAAACGCCGACACCAGGCCGGCGUUCCUGCGCCUGCAAACAAGGCGGAGGCCACCAAGCGCUUUCAGAUGCGCCGCAGCGCCGGCACUCGCGGCUCAUUGGAUCUCGCCUCUGAGGCCCAGCAGGCGUCCGGAACCGCAUUUUCUGAUCAAGAAACCAGCCGCGGUAAAAAGAUGGUCCCGGACAACGCUAAGACACCAAACGUUCAAGUUCUGACUCGCUCAAACAGCUUGUCCGCACCGCGUCCCACGCGGGCGUCCAUGUUGCGUCGAGCCCGCCUGGGAGAAACUUCGGAUAACGAAGGCGCCGAAACCGACCGGGCCUCCCAAACCUCUGACCACGGCGCGAAAGCCGUGCCAGAAACGAAGAAACUAUCCAGGCUGGACAUCUUGGCACUGCCCAGGAAAAGGACGGGUUCUUUCACGACGCCCAGCGAUACCGAGACCCCGUCCUCGGCCGGACGCUCCGCUUUCUCCAACCGUAACGUCGAUCCGGUCCUCGUCGCCAGGAAGUCCUCGCAGGGCGAUGCCCGACAAACGGCCAGCAGAGCUCCGGGGAAGAAUACGCUGAGCCGCACCCGCUCCAGUGGAGCCAAGUACCCCAACAGCGGUGUCCAUCCCAAGCACAAAAACUCCGACUUUUCUUCUUCAUCGGACGAAGACUACAAAACUAGCGCUAACGCUACCAAAGCUAAACGCGCCGCGCAACCUCCUCGGAGCAACAGGACGCCCGCCAGCCGCUCCAAGUCCGUCUCCCUGGAGACGGAGGAGGAUGAGGACCGGAGCGACCCGUACCAGAACUGGUCCACGCACAGCGCCGAAAUUGCCAAGCUCAGUCACGACUUGGCCAAAGACUUGGCCAUCUUGGCCCGAGAAAUCCACGACGUCGCCGGAGACGGUGACUGCCCCGCCGCCGCCGCCGCCGCCACCGCCGUCUCCACCGUUCCCGGCGACGUGCUCGACACGUCAGCCUCGGCCGAGGAGGUGGGCGCAAAACCACACCAACCGCCGAGCGAUGAUUUGGUCCGGAACCUUGCCGGCUCCCGACUGGAUGCAAACAUGAAUCGAGCCCAGUGGGACUGUGGCGAGGACACGCAGCAGCUGAGUCCGCUGCGGGAUCUGUCGCACGCCAUCAGGGACAACACGGAUCAGCUGGCCGCCAAGCUCAAGCUGAUGUUCCACAACAAAGAGGACGUGUGGGAGGAGAUUGACAAGAAGAUCAAGGCGGACGGAGAACCUCCGGGUCUGGAGACGUCCAAUCAGGAGAUCUCGACUAUCGUCACGGAACUCAGAAGAGUCCAAAGGCAGCUGGAAGUCAUCAACUGGGUCGUGGAUCCACCCGGGAGUCUUCAGCCCGCCGAACCAAAUCCUCGGCCCGCCUCCAAGGAAAAGAAAGGCCGCGGCGGCAGCGGCGACAGCAAACAAAACGGCAUGGCUCCGAAAACGCGGCGUCACGUGCUGUGAAAAGGCCGUGUUCCUAAUAUUGCGCACAAUCCCCUUCAUCCAAAAGUAGCAAGAGGAAUGUUCUGGCAACGGGGUCCUCCGCGCCCCCUUGUGUCUUUGUGUGGAAGUACGCCGAUUGUAUCUGUGGCGGUGAGCCAUCGUUUAUUUGAAGUGACAAAAAAACGCUUUCGUUUACCAAAAAAAAAAAAAAAAAACGCUUUCUCAUUUGGUGUCAAUGUCGUCGCUACGGCGACAUCCACGCUUUGUUAGCGGGGACUUGGCAUCCAUCCGGGCCACGCCCCCUAGUUGCCCAUGGCUACGCUCACGUGAUGUGCCGCUUGAAUGCUGUGACGUCAGAAUGAAAUUAAAAGAAUGUUCUUCAAUGUCAUUUAUUAGAAUU